UCUAUCAUACGCAGUCUUAUCUUUUGCUUUACAAAGAGGUUUUUACCUUUGCUUUGCAAAGAGGCUGUUUUCACUGCUGAAACCAUUGACCUUUUGGUCACAAAGAGGCUGUUUUGCAUUAUGUCUAUAUUUGGUAGAGGGACUUUCAAAUUCCGAGGGAUGGAGGCCAGUUUAGUAACAAAUGGUCACAAAAAGAUGAUCAGCACUCCAUGGAUAUCAAAUCUCUUGGGACUUGGAAGUCCCUCGUCCAUACAUAGCCUGAAACGGGUAGAAUCCCAAAUGAUUAUUUUGGAACAACAAUUCAGUCUCUGGUUGGGAAAAAUGUGGAGUAAAUCAUCAUGUUUUCUUCACACCAAUAAAAUAGCUGCUGCAAAAUUGGUCGGAGGUUUUAGAUUCGCUACCGCUGCCGUUAACCACUACAAUGGUUCAACCUCAAGGUCUCUCUUUGGUCAUGGCUAUUUCUUUCGCUGCCAGGAAAAAAUUCCUCCCAAUACUAUCAAAUAUAGGCAGACGCAGGGCCAAACCUACGGACAAUGCUUCGGGUUAGACCAACGUGGCCAUCCAUCUCCUUAUUCUAUGGAUCAUCCCAAGAAUAUGGCUCCGGCCCUUUUCGCCGUGGAAGAGUAUAACAAGAAAAAGAAUGCCAAACUUCAUUUUGUGAGAGUUGUCUACGCUAGGCAGAUGCUUUAUCAUGGUGAUUUCAUUCAAAAUGUAUACUUUGAUGCGAUUGAUGGGGGUGUGACCGAAAUGUACAAUGCAAGAGUUCAGAGCAGAUUCGGCUGCAAUAUGAAGCUGAUAUCAUUUGACGGAGGCUUAAUUAUUGGUAUGCCCAUUAACCGUCUCUCAAAUCUCAUUUUGCCAUUGGAAACUCAUCUUGUCACACUUUUGCCAUCUCGCAUUUAUCCCUAUUCCUUCAACUGAAGUCGAUAGGGAUUUUGACAAAUUUGAUGGACCGAGAAAAAGUGAGACAGGAAUGGCGAAGUAUGCGAGACUAAAAGAGUUUUCGCGGGCAACGUGGGAUUCCAGUGAUAUUUGAGCGGGCGCAACAAUAAUUAGGCGUGAUUUUCUCAUGUACCAUAGUAAAUAUCGAAGUAGUUUGAAAUUCAUUGUUUAACAUGUGCUUAAUUGUCAACUUUGCU